CUAUGCAAAUGACAAACAUCAUAUGGGCAAAAAUGGCGACUCGCGGAGAAGGAACUAGCAGUAGCACUGGCCAAAACAAUGAAAACGUAGACCCUUCAGACCGUCUGAAACAGCUUUAUCCUGCCGUAAAUGAAGAAGAAACACCUUUGCCUAGGAUAUGGAACUCUAGAAAUAAAUCCACCUUCAUCGGACUAUCGCAAAACAACCUCCGAGUCCAUUACAAAGGUGUGGGAAAGACGCAUAAAGAUGCGGCCUCCGUAACGACAGCGCAUCCCAUCCCUGCCUCCACAGGCAUCUAUUAUUUUGAAGUCACUAUCAUCAGCAAGGGUCGUGAUGGAUACAUGGGGAUUGGUUUGUCAACAGAAGACUUUGUCAACAACAUGAACAGACUUCCCGGGUGGGACAAGCAUUCCUAUGGUUACCACGGCGACAACGGCCACACAUUCAACUCAGCAGGGAACGGUCAGCCUUACGGGCCGACAUUCACAACGGGGGACGUGGUUGGGUGCGGAGUCAACCUCAUCGACAACACCUGCUUCUACACCAAGAAUGGAGUCAAUCUGGGCGUGGCUUUCACAGAUCUACCUAGUAAUCUCUAUCCCACAGUGGGCCUGCAGACUCCCGGAGAGAUUGUGGAUACAAAUUUUGGGCAGAAUCCAUUUGUCUUCAAUAUAGAUGACCUCAUGCAGGAAAUGCGGAUGAAGACAUGCGCCACCAUUUCCAGAUUUCCUGUGCCAGAUGACAAGGGGGAAUGGCAAACAACGCUACACAGAAUGGUAUCAACCUACUUAGUCCACCAUGGCUACUGUUCCACAGCCGAGUGUUUUGCGCGGUGUACAGGUCAGACCAUUGCAGAAGAGUUAACGUCCAUCAAAAACAGACAAAAAAUACAGAGGCUAGUCUUAGACGGGCGCAUGGGAGAAGCCAUUGAAACCACCCAGAGACAAUACCCGGGCUUGUUAGAAAAAAAACCCAACCUUGAAUUCAUGCUCAAGUGUCGCCAGUUUGUGGAAAUGGUGAACGGUACAGAUAGUGAAAUCCGCAGCUUGCGGAGUCCUCGGUCACGCUCCUCCAGCCGGCAUGCGAGCCCGGCGAUGAGCCCCCACCACGAGAGUAUAUCACUAUCCUCCACAUCUUCGCAUCACAUGGAGAUACAGCCGUCACAUCAGGGAAGCAGUAGCAGCAGCGGCGGCAGCUUCAUGCACAGCAAGCUGGGGUCCGGGUCCCCCAAGACGCACCACCAGUCGGACCAGGCCGGGUCCUCGGACAUGAACUCCCUGAACGGCUCCCCGAAAGGACAGAUCAUGAAUGGGGGACCUGCCAAGGACGUGGCGCACGACCGGGAAAUAGACAUGGACGUGGAGUACCCGCAUCACCACCUCCACCAUCACCACGACGACAGGCCAAGGGAUGUUGCAACAACCAAUGAGAGAAAUCGGAGGAAUGGAGCACCGGUCCGGAACGGUAGUGUGCCAAUCAUGAAUGGGUCCUGUCCUGUUGACGACAUGGACACAGAUGAUAUAGUUAUGGAGCCACGGAGUAUGAAGCGGCAGUUAUGUGGAGGAAAUCUAGCUGCAAUAGAGCGCAUGCUAUCCUUCGGUCGGGAGCUCCAGACUAUGUACGACAGACUGUGUCGAGAGGUAGGACGGAACGAUACCAACCAGAAAGCAUUACAGGAUGCAUUCAGCUUACUAGCCUAUUCAGAUCCAUGGAAUAGUCCAGUGGGUUACCAGUUAGACCCGGUACUCAGAGAGCCUGUGUGUGCAGCUCUCAACAGUGCCAUUCUAGAACUGCAAAACAUGCCGAAGCAUCCUCUACUAGAGCUGGCCAUCGGUCAUACUAUGGAGACAAUGAAGCUCAUGUCCAAAUAUGGCCCCGGCUCUUGUGCCUUCACCAGCGUCCAAAGCUUCAUCCACUAACUAACGCAAACACGGGGACACACGCACACUAGUGGGCGGUAGCCUUUCUGUGUCAGAAACUCACAACUGUGGUCCCCAUCAUCUCCCGAACUCAUGGAACAUUGUUCAAGGGAGGGGCUACGUAGAACCUGAAUAAAACUGCCGCAAGAUCCCACAAGCACAGACAGUUGGACUUGUUUGUUUUCUCUUCAAGAUAGUGGUCAGAAAACUACCUUUUCUUCACAAACUGUUUUCCGGGGCCUGAUUUAUUUAAUAUUUGCCUCAGAACCUGUCAAUAUUUGGCACUUGGAACAAUAUCAAAGGUUCUUCUUGACAUGUGAAUGGCUCUCACUUACAACUUGUUGAUUGUGUGUGGUAGAACUGCUUUCUUGUUGGAACAUGUAGCAGCAUCAAGUUAUUCUCUUGGUGCCUGGCCCGUUAAGGUUGACUACCAGUAAAUGGUUCGUCCAGAGUUGACACAGAUCAAGCCAUACCCCUGACACCCUGCCAUAAUUAAUACAAUCCAGGAAUUUUCCAACUCGUAGUUGGUUCCACAACUUCUUGGUGAUGGAAAUAUUCAACUGACUCUCCUCCCAUUUGAACUUGAGCACAACACCGGAUCGGAAUCUCCUUCUUUUGUGGGAUAACUAAGCCACAAGUGUCCAGUUACCUUUGAACUGCUGGUUAUUUUGAAGUGUUGGGUAGCUCCCAAAAUCUCCGAACAAUCCUGCAUAGCUGUUGUCGACUGUAGACUCAUGAGUGAAAGAGGUGCUCGUAACGCAGGCUGUGCGAACCACAUGGGGAUUAAACCUGUACCCCCUUUCUGGAAAAGUUGUCGAGGCAUUUUGGGGUCAGGGGUUAUCGGUAGGAAAAGGAAGAGGACCACUUGAGGAAACUGUCAACACAAAGCCAGCUGAAAAGAGCGUUCGCGUUGCCAGAAAAAUGAGUUUUUCACCCAAGUUGUCUAAACUCCAUGAAAGCAAAGGACAGACCACAAGGGUAGGUGACAUAAACAUACAUACAUGCUUGCGGCUGGAAGGGACUGUUUGUAGUUAAUGUGCGUGGACACGAGCAAUCAGGAAGAGUAAGACUGAGCAACAUUUCCGGUGGAUUAUUGAAGCAUGAGUUCCGAAGCAAUUCCCAAAGUACUUUGAUGAACAUUCAGCUCGCAUAAUAAGGUAUUUUGUGUCCGUCUCCUCGAGGUAGUAGUAACAGGGGAGGAAGUUGUAAACAGGUAAAGCUUUGCUGAAAAAUACAACAGAGGAAAAAAGGGUCCAGCCAUUGUUUUUAGCAUCAACCAUACCCUCAACCCCACUUUUCUGGUCCUCAAAGCAGAGUCAGUUAUUGACUCCAUAAAAUUUGAAAUUAUUCCUGACUUUGUACUGAAAUCAAAAUGAACUAGUUUGGUAUUCCAAUAGCACACGCCUAAAUUAAAGUGUAUCUCGGGUCAUUCGGGAACAGCAGCAUGCACUGUGAGUUCCCCUAUCAGCACCGCUGUGCGCUGACUCGAACACACCCAACGUGUUUGAGCUGGUGUGACGUCAGGUUCCUUUGUUCUCGACUGACCUUCCUUUUUUUGAAAUACCAAAUUGGCUCAUUGGAUAGUAAUUUGAAAUGGGUUGGAUUUCUUUCUUUUUAAAAAAAAUUAAGUAGCUUGUGUCAUUCUGAACCUCAUUUUAAUUUAACCGAGCAGCUUGAAAAUAAAAGGAGUUUUGUGAAGUUCUAGAACUGUUUAAACUCUGAUGUCAUUAGCAAGAGGAGGCUACCUCACUACUGUGCAGCAUCUUUAUCAGUCAAAUUUUUUUUAAAGAAUGGUCCGGCCAAACUAUGUACCGUUUUCAGGACUGUCAAAAGGAUGUGCAAAAACGGUUGUGCGGGACUCAACGUUGUUCUGCACAUCUCCUCCAGACACUUAGGAGAUUAAGGAUUGUUUCAAGGAAUGAGACCAGACAGGGGGAUGGAUGUGCAUUCCGCAUACCUCAAGAAACUGUGUGACGUUACGUUAACUUUAAUCAGGGACUGAACAGAGAGAGAUGUUGUACAUAAAAAAUACCAGAUCGCAUUGGGUCCUGUGUAGAAACUCAAUCUUACUAGGCAAAAAUAACAUUGUUGUGAUAUUGCUGUAAAUUACAAAUUUUUACCUAAGAGUUCACAGUUCCCUGAUAGAAGAGCUUGUCUCUCUCCAGUUUACUUCCAAACAAGCAGAGGUGUUUUCGAUUUUUUUUCUUUUUUGUUUUGUCUUUGUUUAAUUUUUUUUUCUUGGUUCAGAAAAAACACGGUUUUCUUGCAUACUGGAUAGAGCAGAAAUGUGAAGGAAGUUUGAGAGUUCAAUCUCAGUCACCUAAAAGUGUGUUUGCAUCACUGAAUAGCUCUAUGCCAAAGUGAUGUUAAGUGAUACGUUGGAUUAGACUUGGCCUCGAGUGUUCUCGUUUGCUGUUUAUCUCUACGACACCCUUAUGCCAAACCCGACAAGAUUCCUUGGGACUGUUGCACCGUCCCCGGAGGGCCAAGACUGAGUUUGUUUGGACCACUUUGCAUUACAUUACAGAAAGGCAAAACUGUGGUGAAUGCUCUGUCGUUUGCACUCUAUUCUGAUUUGUGAACUCGGUAGAACUAGCACCAAUUACUCGUUCUCAGUACGCUGCAGUAGCCAGGAUCAACUCCCACGAACCUUUAUGAAACCUGCAGUUUAAUGUGGCCCCAAACUGUGUUUCGCUCCUAAAUGCUGAACAGAGUGAAGUGGUGCACAUUGUUUGGCUGUAAGUUUAACGUUAGUGCUUCAGUGGAGUAAUGCAGUGUGCAUCCUUACCUGUACGGUUAACACGGCAGGAAAAGGUCGGGCAGCACCUGUUAUGAUGUGGGGUAUUGGGUUAAUGAGUCAUGACGGUUGAUUUGAAAUUCAAAUCAUUUGUAUAGUUUCCCACAACAUCUGUAACUACACAAAACCCCAUUUAUUGAUUUGUGGUUUAAAAACAGCCCAUUUGUGGAAUUGUGGACACUAAUUGAAGCUACCAAGUGUCAAAUCAAGAAAAUGCAAUCAAGUUUUCUUUUCCUUAUUGUUUGAUUGUCAAAUCCAAUUAUUUAAACGAAAUUGUUUGAAAUAUGACAGAAGUAAUGUGUUAUGUUAUUUGUAAAUUUAUAAAUUACCGAGUAGUCUAGAUGUUUUUAAUGAAUUUUUUGGCACAUAUAAUCUGUACAAUUUUAUUCCAUUCAAAUAAGGCUGGAUAUGUUCGUAAGCUGUUGCUUUUUCCUCCACAAAAAAUUAAACGAUUGAAGUAUGCACAGCGGUCAUCAUGCCCCAGAAGUACAUGUACAUGUAUAAUUUUGUUUCAGAAAAUUCGUCCGAAAUAUGAGGUAUGGGCUAUAUCGGUAGUGUAUUUAUUUUCAUCGUUGUACUUUUUGCUGUUACUGUUGUUUUAAUCUGUAUCAGCAUAAAAAUCUUUCUUGUGCUGGACAAGUCAAAGGAGUGAAGGCUCAAAUAAUAUUACACAAGAGAAAGGUCUUACAGUUUCAGUCUGGGUGUUCUGCAGAGGUUCUGCAUGGCAGCCAUCUUCCUGGCAAGUACUUUGGGGGGAUGUGCACAAGAGGUCUACUCACGUGUACAUCCCAGUGGAACAAAGCACUGACCGGGAAGAUGGCCGCCGUGCAGAACCUCUUUAGCAGUGUUGCAGUAAAGUCCAUCACAAGGUCCUGCAAGUCCAUCACAAGUCAUCCAGUCUCAAGAUGCGUCACAAGCCGUUGAAGGGAACUGUGACACAAGCAUUCCCUUGUCAUUGUUCACCCUGUUACUUGUGACUGGUCUUGUGAAGGGACUUGUGACUGGACUUUGGUAGGACUUGACUACAACAUGGUCUGUUACAGCUGGCUAAACUUUCUUUUGUUUUGCCAAAAUAAACUGCCUAGUUACAGUACCAGUUUGUGGACCAAAUUGCCUUCUGGGUUGUAAACAAGAAUACAGAGGCCGGCCAAACGACAUGUACUUUAUUGUAACCAGCAGUAGUUAAAUACAUGUACAUGUGCACUGUACUAAAUUGGCCGAGUAGUCACUAGUUACGUACUCAUAGCAUGAUAUUCAGUUUUGUCUGAGGUACUGGCUGAGAGAAUGUCAAGUCAGGGGGGGAACUCACUCGUGCAGGGACAGUUUGAUAGCUUUUAACUCUGUGGUUUUCCCUUUGAAAUUUAGCAUUUUGGGGGGGCGCAUAAACCCAGACUGAGCUUGUCUGACAAAAUUGACACCAAAUGCCAUGCUGCUCUGAUAUUUCAUGAUAGUGCAUGGCCAAAAGUGGCCAGAGUUUUGACAGCGUAUUCCUGUGCGACGGUUGUGUUACUUAAUGCUCGUGUGCACAUUGCGUACGGGCUUCCAAGACUCCUGGCAGCAGAGAGGUAUCGUUGUUGAGUUUUAAUAGAUCAGCUUUCGAUCCUUUCACUGUAUCAGCACAGUUCGAUUUUAAGGCAGUUGAUUACGUAUUUGCAUAAGCAUCUCAAGAAGAGUGUGUCUCCUUUUUUUAAAUUUAUGUUCCUUUCUUGUCGUUUCAUAUUGAUAAAUGGAUACGUUGUGCAGAGGUGAAAACAUGAAAAAAAAACAAUUUAAAGGUAGCCAUUUUUGUCUAUUUAUUCCCUGGCAUUUUUAGAAAAAGAUUAUGUGAUUUUUUUGAGAACUAUGUAGUGUAUACAUGGAUUUAUAAAAAAAAAAACAUGUAUUGAGGAAGAUUUAAUGAAAUAAUAAAUGCUGCGCGUGUGGCAGAUCU